GUCAGAUCUGCCUCUUAAAAACACAUCAAGGGAAGCCGGGACCAAACAGUGGCCUCAGAAGCUUGCUGUCACCUGCUGUGCGGGGCAGAAUGGCGCCCCCAACAGGCGCAAAUGUGCUGUCUUCGUGGCUGCUGCUGGUGACCAUGGCAGGAUGUGCCUGUCAGCAGUGCGGUGAGGGGAGGACGUACUCCAACGCCAUCAUUUCCCCUAACCUGGAAAGCAUCAGGAUCAUGCGCGUGCCUCAGACGUUUGCUGUACAGGACUGCACUGCCGCUUGCUGUGACCUCUCCAGCUGUGACCUGGCCUGGUGGUUUGAGGGCAGGUGUUUCCUGGUCAGUUGCCUGCUCCAAGAGAACUGUGAGCCCAAGAAGAUGAGCUCCAUCAGGUCCCACCUCACAUUCGUGCUCAGGCCUGUCCAGAGGCCGGCACAGCUGCUGGACUAUGGAGAGAUGAUGCUAAACAGGGGCUCUCCCUCGGGGCUCUGGGGGGACCCACCUGAGGAUAUUAAAAAGGACUUGCCCUUUCUAGGCAAAGACCAGGGGGACCUAGAGGACCUGUCUGAGUACCCAGAUGAUUACAGGGAGCUGGAGCAAGACCUUCUGCCGCCCGUCAGCAAGGAGGAGCCCCGAGAGAGGGCUGACGACACCGACUGGGGUCUGCUGCCCAGCAGCGACCAGGAGUUCAACUCCACGAUGGGGGACAGUCCAGUGCCAGAGGAGGGACAGCCAGACCCUGAGCUCCAUGACCAGGACCUGGCCCAUCAGCGACCCAGUGAGUUGGCCUGGACCUCUGCCCCGACACACACUCCUGAGACAAAUCCAUUUCCAUCAGUAACAGCUCCAUCUUCCCGAGAGAUGUUAGAGAAGGAGGAGGCAUUUCAGCUCCAGGAACAAUCCAGAAUUAACCCUGGAACAGAGGUGCUAAUGCCUUCCCAUGGGCCUCCAGCCAGCCUGGAGCCCAGCUCAGCCCCGUUGGAGGAAAGACCCGUUCUCACCAUCAGCCCUCGGAGCACGGUGCCCAGCACCCCAGCGCUCCCCACCAGCGCAGUCCCCUCUGGCUCUGCCCUGCCUGAGCAGCCCACAUCUCUUACCCUCACUCCCAAGACAGUGAAGGAGCUCACAGUGUCUGCUGGAGAGAACCGGGUGGUAACUUUACCCAACACCGAAGUUGAACUGAAGGCCUUUGUUGUGCCCACUCCCCCUGCAGAAACGACUUACAACUAUGAAUGGAGUUUCAUAAGCCACCCUGCAGACUACCAAGGGGAGAUAAAACAAAGACACUUGCAAACUCUUCAUCUCUCUCACUUGUCAGUGGGAUUUUACACCUUCAGAGUGGCUGUUUCUAGUGAAAAUGCCUUUGGAGAAGGAUUUGUCAAUGUCACCGUGAGGCCAGCCAAAAGAACCAACCUGCCUCCUGUGGCAGUUGUCUUGCCCCAAAUGCAAGAACUCACUCUGCCUGCGACAUUGGCCCACAUCGAUGGCAGCCAAAGCACAGAUGACAGACAGAUCGUGAGUUACCACUGGGAAGAAGUGGCUGGGCCUUCCCGGGGAGAGAAGGCCUCAGGGGACUCCCCAAUCUUGCGCUUGUCCCACCUUGUCCCUGGCAACUACACUUUCAGGUUGACUGUCACAGACUCGGAUGGAGCCACCAACUCCACGACAGCCUUCCUGAGAGUCAGCGAUGCUGUGGACAGGCCGCCAGUGGCCAAUGCGGGCCCAAAUCAGACCGUAACUUUGCCCCAAAACUCUGUCAUUUUGAAUGGGAACUGGAGCACCGAUGAUCAUGAGAUUGUCUUGUAUGAGUGGUCCCUGGACCCUGGGAGUGAGAACAAGGAGGUGGUCAUGCAGGCAACGCAGACCCCCUACCUUCACUUGUCUGCACUGCAACAAGGAGAGUACACCUUUCAGCUGACGGUGACAGAUUCUUCAAGGCAGCAGUCCACUGCUGCGGUCACUGUGAUUGUCCAGCCUGAAAACAACAGGCCUCCAGUAGCUGUUGCAGGCCCUGAUAAGGAGCUGGUCUUCCCUGUGGGAAGUGCAGCCCUGGAUGGGAGUGGGAGCACCGAUGACCAUGGCAUAGUCUUCUACCGCUGGGAGCUGGUCAGAGGCCCCAGUGCGGUGCAGAUGGAAGAUGUGGACAAGGCAGUAGCCACUGUGACUGGCCUUCAGGUGGGUGCCUACUGCUUCCGCCUAACGGUGAGAGACCAGCAGGGACUGAGCAGCACGACCAACCUGACGGUGACCGUGAAGGUGAAGAAGGAAAAUAAUAGUCCUCCCAGAGCCCAGGCUGGUGGCAGACAUAUUCUUGUGCUUCCCAAUAACUCCAUUACUUUGGAUGGUUCAAGGUCUACCGAUGACCAAGGAAUUGUGUCCUAUCUGUGGAUCCGGGAUGGCCAGAGUCCAGCAGCUGGAGACGUCCUCGAUAGCUCUGACCACAGCGCGGCCCUGCAGCUCACCAAUCUGGUGGAGGGCAUCUAUACUUUCCACCUGCGAGUCACGGACAACCAGGGGGUCUCGGACACAGACACCGUCACUGUGGAGGUGCAGCCAGACCCACGGAGGGGUGGCCUGGUGGAGCUGAUCCUGCAGGUGGGUGCUGGGCAGCUGACGGAGCAGCAGAAGGGCACCCUCGUGAGGCAGCUGGCCGCGCUACUGCAUGUGCUCGACUCUGACAUCAAGGUUCAGAAAAUCCAGGCCCACUCGGACCUCAGCACCAUGGUUGUGUUUUAUGUGCAGAGUGGACUGCCUUCCACAGUUCUUAAAGCUGCUGAAGUGGCCCGAAACCUGCACAUGCGGCUUUCCAAAGAGAAGCCAGACUUCUUGCUUUUCAAGGUCUUGAGGAUUGAUACUGCAGAUUGCCUCCUGGAGUGUUCUGGCCACGGUCGCUGCGACCCUAUCACAAAGCGCUGCGUUUGCUCCCAGAUGUGGAUGGAGAACCUCAUCCAACGUUACGUCCGGGGUGGCGAGAGCAACUGUGAAUGGAGUGUAUUCUAUGUGACAAUUCUGGCUUUCAUGCUGACCGUGCUGGCGGGAGGCUUGACGCGGGUUUGCAUUUGCUGCUGCAAGAGAAGGAAAAGGACGAAAAUAAGGAAAAAGACCAAGUACACCAUCCUGGAUAACAUGGAUGAGCAGGAAGGAGUGGAGCUGAGGCCCAAAUACGGGAUUAAGCACCGGAGCACAGAGCACAACUCUAGCCUGAUGGUGUCCGAGUCGGAGUUCGACAGCGACCAGGACACCAUCUUCAGCCGAGAGAGGAUGGAGAGGGGGAAUCCCAAAGUUUCCAUGAACGGCUCCCUGAGAAACGGGGCCUCCUUCAGUUACUGCGCCAAGGACAGGUAAGGGAGCUGCUGGAAAAGGGGAGAAGCUGCAUAGGAAAACCUGGGACCAGUGAGUGGCGGUAAAGCCAAAAAUGACUCUCCUGUGAGUAGAGUGUGACCAGCCUCUCACAGUGGCCUGGACCGGCGGAUUCAAAGACCCGUCUCCUUGGAGGACACAAAGCAAAAGGAAAAUACUGCUCAAUUAACUAGGUUGCUUGUUAGUAAGAAUGAAAGCUGGAUAACAUUUUGUACACUCAGAAGGUUUCAUCUGUUAUAGCUGGCUCCAUAUUCUAUUGCCUGUGUCAAAAUACAAAUUAACACCUCUUUCUAUCUGCAGCCUCUUAGUGAAAAUCCCCUUUCAGCAAGGCCUUCACAAAAGCUGAUUUCUCACUAGGUAGCUGGAAGGAUAGCUUUCCAAACGCUUUAUCUUGUCAAGUCUAUAGUCAGAUGGCUGGAUGAAAACGGGUUAUGUGGGGGGCCUAGGCCACCUCUUGUGCACCAGGAGUUCUAUGCUGGCGUGACAUGUGCUGUGGUCAGCCACCACUGGGAGGGGUUCACUCUAGAAGGGGCUCUUGAGAACAGAAGAAGAAAUGUGUUCUUAGUACCAGAGGCCACAGGAAGGGAGCAUGGCUGUAGAUCGAAAGGUGCAGGUGACAGCUAACAUAAGCAAACUACGCAGAAGCCUACCUUAGCCCCAGCUUAUACACAAGAAAGGUCAUUACUAAUUCACCAAACAUGUAUUGAGUAAGUACUCCAGGCCCUGCAUUCAUUUACUGACUAGAGGGAGGAAUGGCAACUCUGCGAUGGUAUGUGUAUUCCAGAACUCGGAACGCACAGGUCUCCCUUGGGAUGUAUGGUCAUAAUAGUAAAAAUAACUGGACAUGGA